AUGAAACUCGCCAGUGAAAACGAGAUUGCCUUUAUCUCAGGUCCGAUCGACACUGGACCUAACGAAUCCUAUUUUCAUACUCACUACGUAUCCCAAAUCAACCACGCGGUCAACUGCAAUCACCUCUUUGCUAUCGGUCCCAUCCCAAGUGGUGUGGACGCAGAUGCUCUCACCUAUCUCUUGGCAUACCCCAUCUCACCUAGUCGAAUCACCAUCUUUGUGACCCAAGCUGAGAAUGGAAUGUGGGGGGCGCACUUCCGCUCUUUCGGAGUCAACGUGCAGGUGGUGGAAGGCCAGAUGAGUCGUGAUCGAGACGCGGCUCUAACAAGUGCGAGCACGUAUGAUAUUCUACGGGUGCGCACAAAGAAGGAGGCGAAGGCCUUUUAUGGCCGCAUGUGGCGCGACGGGUAUGUCACGAAUACAGAGCGCAAUUGGAAGCGACGUCGGGGAAUCGCAGAGGAUGAGAUUGUAGGAGAGGAGACGAUCAAUCGUUCAAUGCGGUAUGACUUGGGACCAACUCUAAGCACACACACAGACGUCUGUUAG